AGAAAGAAGGAAGGAAGGAAAGAGAAGGAGCCUCUUCUCUGUAUUCCUCUCUGUUCUGUUCGCCGCGGCGCUGCGCCCUCCUCUCCAGUCUGUCCACCACUCCACCGCACCCCACCCCCUUCUUCUCGACCGCACCCACCCCGGAGUAAAACCCUAGCCGCCGGCGGAGCGGGGGCCUCAUCGGCGGCGAUGAGCGGCGGCGGGCCGCCGAAGAGACGCAACUUCAAGAUCGAGGUGUUCAAGCAACGCGUCGAGCUCGACCCCAAGUACGCGGAGCGGACAUGGAAGGUCCUGGAGCACGCCAUCCACGAGAUCUACAACCACAACGCGAGCGGCCUCUCCUUCGAGGAGCUCUACAGGAGUGCCUACAACAUGGUGCUCCACAAGUAUGGUGAGAAGCUAUAUGCCGGUCUGGAGAGCACUAUGACAUGGCGCUUGAAGGAAAUAUCAAAAUCAAUAGAGGCUGCACAAGGUGGUUUGUUUCUGGAGGAGCUGAACACCAAGUGGAUGGAUCACAAUAAGGCACUGCAGAUGAUCCGAGAUAUUCUAAUGUACAUGGAUCGGACAUAUGUACCGCAAUCCCGUAGGACACCUGUUCAUGAGCUCGGUUUGAAUUUGUGGAGGGAUCACAUAAUUCACUCUCCCAUGAUUCAUAGUCGGCUGCUUGAUACCCUCUUGGAUCUUAUACACAGGGAGAGAAUGGGUGAAAUGAUUAACAGAGGCCUGAUGAGGAGCAUAACAAAAAUGUUAAUGGAUCUUGGUGCUGCUGUAUAUCAAGAUGACUUUGAGAAGCCGUUUUUGGAAGUUUCAGCUAGCUUCUACAGUGGAGAGUCUCAGGAGUUCAUUGAGUGCUGUGACUGUGGGGACUAUCUUAAGAAGUCUGAGAGACGACUCAACGAGGAAAUGGAACGUGUCUCACACUACUUGGAUGCUGGUACAGAGACAAAGAUAACUAGUGUGGUUGAGAAAGAAAUGAUUGCCAAUCACAUGCAUAGAUUGGUUCAUAUGGAAAACUCAGGCCUUGUGAAUAUGCUUGUGGAUGACAAGUAUGAUGACUUGGCUAGGAUGUACAACUUAUUCCGAAGGGUUUCUGAUGGGCUAUCAACAAUCAGAUAUGUGAUGACUUCUUAUCUAAGGGAAACAGGGAAGCAAUUAGUGACAGAUCCAGAGAGGUUGAAAGACCCGGUGGAAUUCGUUCAGCGUUUGUUAAAUGAGAAGGAUAAACAUGAUAAGAUCAUCAAUGUUGCUUUUGGCAAUGACAAAACUUUCCAGAAUGCUCUAAAUUCAUCAUUUGAGUACUUCAUCAACUUAAACAACAGGUCACCUGAAUUCAUAUCGUUGUAUGUUGAUGACAAACUACGGAAAGGGCUGAAAGGAGCCACAGAAGAGGAUGUGGAGGUUAUUCUGGAUAAAGUCAUGAUGCUGUUUCGGUACCUCCAGGAGAAGGAUGUAUUUGAGAAGUACUACAAGCAGCAUUUGGCAAAAAGAUUACUGUCUGGCAAAACUGUUUCUGAUGAUGCUGAGAGGAGUAUGAUAGUUAAACUCAAGACAGAAUGUGGGUACCAGUUCACUUCAAAAUUAGAGGGCAUGUUCACUGACAUGAAGACCUCUCAGGACACUAUGAUAGAUUUUUAUGCCAAGAAGUCUGAGGAACUCGGUGAUGGCCCUACACUUGAUGUCCACAUUCUUACAACUGGCUCUUGGCCAACACAGCCCUGUCCUCCCUGCAACCUUCCAACUGAAAUCCUUGCAAUAUGCGACAAGUUCCGGUCAUAUUACCUUGGAACUCACAGUGGCCGGAGAUUGACAUGGCAAACAAACAUGGGAACAGCUGACAUAAAAGCCACAUUUGGGAAAGGCCAGAAGCAUGAACUAAAUGUGUCCACUUAUCAGAUGUGUGUUCUCAUGCUGUUUAAUUCUACCGAUGGGUUAACCUACAAAGACAUUGAACAAGAUACUGCUAUACCUGCCUCAGAUCUAAAGAGGUGCCUUCAAUCUCUUGCUUGUGUCAAGGGGAAGAAUGUUCUUCGCAAGGAACCCAUGAGCAAAGAUAUAUCGGAGGAUGACACAUUCUACUUUAACGACAAGUUCACAAGCAAGCUUGUUAAGGUCAAGAUUGGGACAGUGGUGGCGCAAAAGGAAUCUGAGCCUGAGAAGCAAGAGACUCGUCAACGGGUUGAGGAGGACAGGAAACCUCAAAUUGAGGCUGCUAUUGUCAGGAUCAUGAAAUCCCGGAGGGUCUUGGAUCAUAACAGCAUUGUGGCGGAGGUUACCAAGCAGUUGCAAGCCCGGUUCAUGCCGAAUCCUGUUGUCAUAAAGAAACGCAUAGAAUCUCUAAUUGAGCGUGAAUUCUUAGAAAGGGACAAAGCAGAUAGGAAAUUAUAUCGCUAUCUUGCAUAAAAGGUCAUUAUGUGAUUAUUCAUGUGCAAAUGGCUUGUAUUCAUGUUAAAUUUUCAUGAUGUUUGAGUUCGGCUCUAUUCGU